UCCUUUUACACAAAUGACUGAAGCGUGAUCCCACAGCAUGUGUGGCUGGACAGGACGUCUCCGGAUAUCUUUCGUUUCUUUUCUCUAUCUUGGUUUUGUUAGCGGGCGCUGAAACAAAGGCAACGGAACAGUCUCGGCCACGUGGAUCCUAUAUCCUGAAACUUUACCACAAUUAAGACCUGCUACAGAUGGACAACUCACAGAUGAAAAGAGGAAUUGUGAUUAAAGAUGACUGGCCUGGCUACAGUCUGGACCUGUUCACCUACCCUGAACACUACCACGAAGACAUUGAGAGCGUUUACAUCCCACAUGGGGUAAUCAUGAACAGGACGGAGCGUCUGGCCCGAUACAUCAUGGAUGACUUCGGGGACAGCAACAUAAUGGUGCUGUGUGUCCUGAAAGGAGGCUACAAGUUCUGUGCAGAUCUGGUGGAGUUCAUCAAGGUUCUGGGCUGCAACUCCAGCAGAUACCUGGAGACACGGGUGGAGUUUAUCCGUCUGAAGAGCUACCUGAAUGACCAAUCAACAGAAGACCUGCACAUCGUAGGAAGCCGGGAUCUAUCUUUUCUGCGUGGAAAGAGUGUGCUCAUUGUUGAGGCCAUCGUCGACACAGGAAAGACCAUGAAGGCCCUUCUGCAGCAUGUGGAGACCUUUGAACCCAAAAUGGUCAAGGUUGCGGGGCUGCUGGUGAAGAGGGUUCCCAACAUGGCUGAGAGCCUGACAGACUAUGUCGGAUUUGAAAUUCCAAACCGCUUCGUCGUGGGUUAUGCCCUGGACUACAAUGAAUACUUCCGGGACCUGAACCACAUCUGCGUCAUCAGCAAAACUGGAAAGAUGAAGUACAAGGUUUGAGAGGAAUUACAGCCAUGAGUUAUGCACAGUUUUAAAAUAGAAGCACCUUCUAUUUUUUGUAACAGUGAGUCAGAUGGAUUUCCGGAAAGUAACUUUAUAUUUUUGUGCGAUUUGUAUGUUUUUAAAAGGGCUUUCAAGUGAAGUAAUAUUAUUCAUUUUGAAGCAGCCAAUCCAAACGUGUGGAAGGACACUGUAAGAUGACUUUAAAUUAAUAAACAAGUGUUGGAUUUGAUGCAAUUAUUGUCUCAUCCUUGUUCUUUAAUGUUAUUGAGAGACACACAGGAACAAAGAAAUGGAUAGAAAGAAGGGCUGCCCACCGGGAGAGGACGUUGGUGACAGAUGGAGAGAGCUUAUGGACGUUGGCAUCCUCAUGGCCGGAUGACGCCCACUCUGACUCAUGGAAAACACACAGUGGGCGCAGCAGGCAUGCAAACAGCGUCCACACCACACUGUAUCUGUUUGUUUCCAACUUUAAGCCUCACUGGAAAUUAGGAUCAAAUACACAGGGAUUUUAAUAUUAAUUGGACAAAGCCGCUAUUUGUAUAUAUAUUUUGGCUACACUUCACACUGUAUGCAUCUUAUGAGACACUACAAGUCACUAAUGAUGUAGAGUAAACAAAUCUGGUAUAACUUGGUAUAGUACGGGACCCUUCCAUUUUAAAAAUGUGUUUUUCUUCGUGUUGUUUCCCUUGAAAGCUGUGCAAGAUGAUGUAUGUGCAGAAUUUGACAUUAGAGGGAUGUUUCCACAUUCACUUGCUAAAAGUCAAAAGUUUCCCAGUGCUUAAUGGCACUGAACUUAUUUAUGUUCAAGCCACCUGCACCUUAAAUUAUUUAUUUCUUGGUCCACACUGCUCUACUUUCCUUAAAUUGCCCCCAGGGGAAAAAUAAAGUAUUUUGUAUUGUA